GGAAAGUUCCAGCCCAUCAUAUGAUCCACCGUCUCAUUGGCGGUGGCUUGCAUCUUUCCACGAACUGACCGACUGGUCCCGAAAAUUCGGUGCGGGAGUUGAUCAAGGCGCAAAAAAGUUUAUUUCUAAACCAUCUACAGUAUUACCGCAAGGACCGAGCACCACCGCCAUCAUGUCGUCAGUCAAUGCGGGGACCCUCCGAGGCACUCCGAACCGCAGCCAGGGGCGCGGUUCUGUCCCCUUUGCCAACACCACCCACAACACCACCCACAACACCAGCCCGGCAGGUCCGUCCUCGGCAAUCCCCCGCCCUGUACUCGAAAAUACACCGGCGGCAUCCAGCGAGGUCGGUGGCUCUUCUCUCAGCGCGAGCCGGCAGAAACAGACCAAGAGAGAUGAGGCAAUCCGCCGCAAGCUGGAGAAUGAUCUCUCCAAGAAGAAGCACCUCACGGGCCGCGCCCGGCAAUCCCGGAAGGCGCCCCCGGGAACCGUCCUCGCCCUCAAGCCGAGCCAGGCACUCCAGAUCAAACCCCAAACCACCGUCGCCGAAGCCGCGCAGCUCAUGGCUGCCAAGCGUGAAGACUGCGUGCUGGUCACCGACGACGACGACCGGAUUGCUGGUAUCUUCACGGCCAAGGAUCUCGCAUUUCGUGUCGUGGGUGCGGGGUUGAAACCGAACAAUGUCACCAUCGCCGAAAUCAUGACCAAGAACCCACUGUGUGCUAGAACCGACACAAGCGCCACUGAUGCGCUGGACCUGAUGGUUCGUAAGGGGUUCCGCCAUCUGCCGGUCAUGGACGAGAACCAGGAUAUUUCGGGUAUUCUGGAUAUCACCAAGUGCUUCUACGAUGCGAUGGAGAAGCUGGAGCGCGCCUAUUCCUCCUCCAGGCGGCUGUACGACGCCCUUGAGGGUGUUCAGUCAGAACUUGGCACCAGCCAGCCGCAGCAGAUCAUCAGUUACGUCGAGGCUCUGCGGUCGAAGAUGUCGGGCCCCACCCUUGAGUCGGUGCUCAACGGCACGCCGCCGACGACGGUGAGCGUCCGGACGUCCGUCAAGGAGGCGGCCCAGAUGAUGAAGGAGAACCACACCACCGCGGUUCUGGUCACGGACCAGGGUGCUAUCACGGGCAUCUUCACCAGCAAGGACGUCGUCCUGCGCGUGAUUGCCCCGGGCCUCGACCCGGCGACAUGCAGCGUCGUCCGCGUCAUGACGCCCCACCCGGACUUUGCUCCCAUGGACAUGAGCAUCCAGGCUGCCCUGCGCAAGAUGCAUGAUGGUCACUACCUCAACCUGCCCGUCAUGAACGACGGCGGUGAGAUUGUCGGCAUGGUCGACGUCCUCAAACUCACAUACGCCACCCUAGAGCAAAUCAACACGAUGGGCACGGGCGACAACGAGGGCCCUGCGUGGAACAAGUUCUGGCUUUCCCUCGACCACGAAACGGAGUCCAUGGUUUCCGGCGACGGCUCGAUCCAGCACACAAAUCACGGUCCCCGGUCACUGAUGUCUCCCGAUAUGGCCCGCAGCGAGCGGCUCGUUAGUGAUAGCCUCGCGCCGGGCGAUUCGGCGAGCCACGUCGGCGUGGACUCGCCACGCCACAGCGCCGUGGGCAUCACCACGCCCGAGCUCCCGCCGGGCGAGGUUCCCUUCCCCUUCAAGUUCAAGGCCCCCAGCGGCCGCGUCCACCGCCUGCAGGUGACGGCCGCGCACGGCAUGGCCGAGUUCGUCGCCAGCGUCACCUCCAAGCUCGGCGCCGAGGUCGACGCCAUCGGCGGUGCCCCCGUCGUCGAGGACAACCAGCUGUCCGGCGGCUAUGCCCUCAGCUACCUCGACAACGACGGCGACUCCGUCUCCAUCACCACCGACGAGGACCUGCUCGAGGCGAUCGUGCUCGCGCGCCAGGGCCACCGGGACAAGGUGGACUUGUUUGUGCACGACCCCAGUGAGCCCCCCGUCCCCCCCGCGCAGGUGCCCGCACCCGAGUCCACGGUCGUGGCCACCCCGCCUGUCACCCGCGAGCGGAGGAAGGUCGUCGAGGAGUCCGAGGAGGAAGACAGCGACGAGUCCGAGGAGGAGGAAGUUCACGCCCGCCGCGGCAGGCAUGGGCAUGGGCGCACGCGGACGGCGCCGCCGCCGCCGGCCCAGGAGAUCGUUGAGCAGGUCAUUGCGGGUGUGCCGAACGAGCUGCUGCUUCCGGGGGCGAUUGCGAUGCUGGCGGUGGUGAUUAUGGGGGUGUUUACUGUUUCGAGGUUCAAUGAGUUGGUCGCAGGUAUUUUCACCAUGAUCCUCAGGAAUUUUGGUGUACGGCACGCCCGCCAGGCGUUGGCGGCACCUGUCUCCCGAUCAUGCCUCCGAACACUCUCAUCCUCGGCGACACGACCGACGUCAGCCCCGACAACCGUUGCUGAACCGACUUCGGCCGCGCCCCCGGUGACGACUGCGACUCAUGCCUUCACGGCUGCCCAGGUCGCCGCACGGCAAGCCGAGCUGGCGCGCAUCCCGGAGAACUACGCCGAGUACAUGCACCAGCGCGAGCACACCAGGGAGAUCGGCUCUCGCGUCGAGUCACGCUACCACCCGGACCAGAUGCUCGUCGACCCGCCGCAGGACGCCACCCUCGAGAUGUUGAUGGCCGCUCAGGUCCACAUGGGCCACCACGUCUCUCAAUGGAACCCGGGCAACCAGCGGUACAUCUACGGCGAGCGCGCGGGCAUCCACAUCAUCAGCCUCGAGACCACCGCCACCCACCUCCGCCGCGCCGCCCGCGUCGUCGAGGAGGUUGCGUACUACGGGGGGCUCAUCCUCUUCGUGGGCAACCGCAAGGAGCACAUGCCCGUGGUGGUGCGCGCGGCGGAGCUGGCCAAGGGCUAUCACCUGUUCCAGAAGUGGACGCCCGGCGCGAUCACGAACCGGGACAUCAUCCUGGCGAGCGGCGAGCUCAAGAUCGUGAACGAGCGGGACAGCGAGAUUGACGGGUUCCAGACCCACCUCCGGGACCGCCGGCCGGUCAUGCCCGACUUGGUGGUGUGCCUCAACCCGCUCGAGAACUACCCGCUGCUACACGAGUGCGGCGUGGCCAACAUCCCCACGAUCGGCCUCAUCGAUACCGACGCCGACCCGACAUGGGUGACGUACCAGAUCCCGGCCAACGACGACAGUUUACGAUCCGUCACACUUCUCGCGGGUAUCCUCGGGAGGGCGGGCGAGCGAGGGCAGAAACGGAGGCUGGCGAUGGCCGAUGACGGGGUCAGCACCUGGCUAACCCCUCGCGAUGUUCACACUUUCAUCCAGAAGGACUCCGCGGCCAAGGCACAGGAAGAGCUCCGCGCUAUGGAGCAAGCCCGAAAAGAGGGAAUCAUAGACGACAAACCUGCACAGAGGGAAGACUUUUUGACGGAUGAUGAGCUGCUGCGGGAGCUGACCGAUGGUCCGAUCCCGUCGCCAAGGCAAUGAAACUUGCGCCGGGGGGGUGCAUUGUAACAUACGAGGUACUAUAACGACUACCUAUAGAAGUUCUACUGUAAAACA